AUGCAAAUUUUCGUCAAAACUCUUACCGGUAAAACUAUUACUCUCGAAGUAGAAUCCUCUGAUAGUAUUGAUGCAGUUAAACAAAAAAUUCAAGAUAAAGAAGGUAUUCCUCCAGAUCAACAACGUUUAAUCUUUGCUGGUAAACAAUUGGAAGAUGGUAGAACAUUGUCAGAUUAUAAUAUUCAAAAAGAAUCAACCUUACAUUUGGUUCUCCGUUUACGUGGUGGCAUGCAAAUUUUCGUCAAAACUCUUACUGGUAAAACUAUUACUCUCGAAGUAGAAUCCUCUGACAGUAUCGAUGCAGUCAAACAAAAAAUUCAAGAUAAAGAAGGCAUCCCUCCAGAUCAACAACGUUUAAUCUUUGCUGGUAAACAGUUGGAGGAUGGCAGAACAUUAUCGGAUUACAAUAUUCAAAAAGAAUCAACCUUACAUUUGGUCCUUCGUUUACGUGGUGGUGCAAAAGUUGUAAAAUGCAAAUUUGGUGAAUGUAAAGACAAGGCAACUAAGAUUGUUGGUCAUUGUAGGUAUUGCGAGUUGGACUACUGUGGUAGACAUAGAUUACCUGAAGCUCAUGCCUGUGUCAACUUGACAAGUUGUAAACAGGCUAGUUUUGAAAAAAAUGCUGCUAAAUUAAGAAAGACUACUCAUGUUAUUCCCCUAACAUUAAAUGAAGAACAGAGGAAUAAUAGAAGAAUUUACAGUAUUAAACUCUCUGACUUUCCUACAGGAACAUCUGCAAGAGACUUGCAUGAUAUUAUUGCUGCACCCGAACAAUUACAAGGUUUGUCAUAUGCUUACAUGAAUUGUGAAACAGAUGAAGAUUUAUUUAACGCAACAGCCAAAGAUUACAACUUUUUAUUGAUAGCAAUGCAUGGAAGUAUGAGGUUUCCUGGUUUAUAG